GAGCUGCCAUGACGCCCUGCGGAACCAUGGAGCGGCCUGGGAAGUGAUCUGGACGCGGCCGUGUCGGGAGCAAUGGCAAGGAACAGCAGCCUACCUUCCUGUGCCCUGUGCACCGAGACGCUGGGCACCUAUGGCGGGCCCACCACCCUGCCCUGUGGGCACAACCUGUGCGUGCACUGCACGGCCUACCUGCAGCAGCGGCAGGCGCAGUGCCCGCUGUGCCGCGCCGAAUUCCCGCAGGACAUGCCGCUGGCCGUCAACUGCGAGCUGCGAGAGCUGAUGCGCAUGGCGCAGGCGCUGACCGCCACGCCGGUGGAGGACGACUGGCAGGCGGUUCACUCCACGGCCAGGGUGGACGUGGGUGCCUGCAAGCACAGCAGUAGCGGCGGCGGCGGCGGCUGCGCGCCCGCCCACGUGGGCGUGCUGGAUGUGAUGGAUGGCAGCGGCAGCGUGAUGGAGCUGGACCCCCAGCCCUGGGAGCCAGACUCCUCCUCGGCCACGUGCAGGGGCCCCGGGUGCAACAAGCCCUUCUCCUUCCUGCUGCGCCCGCGCCACCAUUGCCGCUCCUGCGGCCAGCUCUUCUGCGGCGCCUGCGCCGCCGACCGCCUGCUACUGCCGCCCAAGUUCCAGCUGGCUGAGCCGCAGCGCGUGUGCGCCGCCUGCCGCGCCCUCCUCCUGCCCAUCCAGCCGCUGCUGGCGGGCAGCAUCGCGCCCGCGGUGCGCCAGCCGGUGCACGACGUGUACGACUACUCCGCCCUGCGCUCCCUCCUCAACCCGCCCCUCACCUCGCGCCUCGACACAGACAUCUACACAGCCACCAACAUCGUACGCGCCUUCAGGAAGGUGGGCAGCCUGCCCUCCGAGGCCUCCAUCCCCCCCGCCAUCCUGCGUGGCUGCGCGGGGCUGGCCAUCCUGUCUGUGGCGCGCGCGGGGGCGGGCUGGUCGUUCAGCGUCGGUAGCGGGCUGGUGGUGGCGCGCGCGCCCGGCGGCGGCUGGUCCCCGCCCAGCGCCGUGCUCAGCCUGGCCUCCGCAGUGGGCUGGCAGGUGGGGGUGGAGGUGCGGGACCUGGUGCUGGUGCUGCGCACCCGCUCCGCCCUCUCCGCCUUCUGCGCCGCGCAGCUGGGCGUGGGCGGCAGCGUGAGCCUGGCGGCGGGCCCGCUGGGGCGCGCCGCCUCCGCCACCGCGCUCGCAAACCUGGCGGGCGGCGCCCUGGUGUACAGCUACAGCUCCACGCGCGGCGCGUUUGCGGGGGUGGCGCUGGAGGGAAGCCUGCUGGCCACGCGGGACUCGCUCAACCAGCAAUUCUAUGGCCGCAAGGUGACGGCGCGCCAGCUGCUGCUGUCGGGCGGCGUGCCGCCGCCGCCCGCCGCCGCCGCGCUGUAUGCCACGCUGGAUGAGCUGCUGGAGCAGGCAGGCGGGGCGGCGCCGCCGCCGCAGUUCCUGUCCGCCGCGGCGGGCGAGGAGCGGGGCGAGGAGCCACCGCCCGCCACGGCCGCGUCGGCGCCGCCGCUGCUGAUGGCUCACGCCGCUGCGGUGGAGAGCGAGGAGGAGGAGGAGUGGGAGGCCGAGGAGCUGCCCAGCGCCCCGCAGCACCAGUGGGGGCGGCAGGGCGGCCUGGGGGAGUCGCCGCGGGGGCGCUCGCUGUACCCGGCACUGGUGGCUUGCGACGACCCCCACCCCUAUGGCAGCCUGUUUGACUGAGCCGGCCCCGCCCGCCAGCCAGCCAGCCAGCCGGGCAGGCAGCGACGUCCCUGUAUAUAUUACCAGUACCCUGCGGCAGCGGGCCGCAGCAGCCGCAUCCAGCGGCAGCGGCAGCAGCUGCAGCAGUGCCCCACGCAAGCGC